GUAGUUGAACUAAAAUACGUUUCAAAACAUAUAUUUCUAAGUACUGCCCGCAAUGUGUCUGUUGUUCGAGGGAAAUUGAACUCAUCAUCAUUCUACGAAUUCCGGGAUCUGUUGUUGACUGCAGCUGUUUCUCUCACAACAGCAAGUGAGUUUAUUUCGAGAACUUGGUUUGUUGUCCAAUUAUCUGUGCGAUCGCGUGUUCGCUUCGGCGAUUCUUCAAAUUCGAGAUGUUGCGAAAAAUUCCCUCACGCACCGCCCUUCUGGAAACACUCUCCAAGCGUUUCGCGGCACCAGCCGCCAGAGAUCAAGUUCGGAGAAGGAAAACAACAUGAGGUGAACAACUUUUAUUCGCAUGAGCUAGUCGACCGAAAUGACGAAAGAAUGGAGAGCAGAGAGUAAUGCACAUCAUCAUCAUUCAAAAGAAAAAAGAAACCGGGGAGAACUCCUGGCCGUAGCGGCGACAAUGCGUGGGCCGUCGUUAUGAAACAGACAGGACGCCCCGACCGAGAGGAGCAGACGACGACGCACAAUUCGAACAAUGAACUUGGGAGCACUUCCCCCUUUGUCCGGAGCGGCCCGAACAAAGAGAGCGCAAAAACCUGGCCGUCAAAUAGCCGCCCGCUCGUCAGGAGUUCAACGGGGAGUCGCCGAUGUCUUAGUCACCGAUCUAAAACCUCCCCUAUGAGCGUACGAAAUCGGACGAAUCGGACCUGUACCCUGCACCUCGAAAACCCCAAUAAAACUUUUAAAAAAGAAUCAUCCUUGUUCAAAACCCGCUGCCUUUCUCGGAAGUCCGAUAAAAAAAAAACAAAAAAACAUCCGCUCUAAAAACGCAGAAGGAAAAAAAAAAAAAUCCCCGGCGCCUGGCGAGUGGCGGCCCCUGACAGGACGCGCGCGAACUAGGGAGCAGACGAUCCCUCUUCCUCCUCUCCGAGUACGUUACUCCUAGGCCAUUUCUCCCAACGACCAGCUGAUUGGGCGUCGCUCCCAGUUACGCGCCGCCAUUGGCCUCUUUGCUCCCACGUGAUCCUCAGGGCUGCCCCCGAUUGGCUGGCGGCGGUGGCGCUCGUGACGUGGCCCCCUUAGCAACAAGGCGGGCGGGUAAUGGUGGCCCAGUGUAGCGCAGCCGAAGCGGACGAACGUCCAUGUCCGCCUCGCUAGGCCUGGGUCGCCCGUUGUUCGGAGUGGUGGUGGGUGCCGGCGGCAGGACGGCGGCCACGGAGGCUGCUACGGCGCCGCAGUCGUCGUCAUGAGCUCGCGGGAGGGACCCGCGAUGCCGUUGUCGAGAACGCGGUCGCUGAUCGCCAACAUGAACGGGUCGGCGCCCUCGGCCGACGCCGCCGGCUACCUGGACAAGAACGGGCCCAAUAACAAUCCGCUGGGCAACGGGAGCAACGGCGCCCUACUGCUGCCACCCAUCAAGAGCCAGACCAUCGCGGGCUUCAAGUUCCAGUCGAGCGUGCAGAAGCUCUUCGAGGUGGACCAGAACGGCGACUCGCCCGACAACAAGAACGGCAAGGCGCUCGUGGCGACGCCCGAACAGGUCAUGAAGCUGUACAUGCACAAGCUAACGCCGUACGAGCACCACGAGAUCUUUGGCUACCCGCAGGUGUACUUCAUCGGCGCCAACGCAAAGAAGCGGCAGGGAGCCCCCGGCACGGCCAACAACUGCGGCUACGACGACGACCAGGGCUCGUACCUGCACGUGCCGCACGAUCACAUCGCGUACCGCUUCGAGAUGCUCAAGGUGAUCGGCAAGGGCAGCUUCGGCCAGGUGGUCAAGGCCUACGACCACAAGCAGCACCAGCACGUGGCGCUGAAGAUGGUCCGCAACGAGAAGCGCUUCCACCGGCAGGCCCAGGAGGAGAUCCGCAUCCUGGACUUUCUCCGGCGCCAGGACCGCGACAACUCGCUCAACAUGAUCCACAUGCUGGAGCACUUCAGCUUCCGCAACCACACGUGCAUCACCUUCGAGCUGCUCUCCAUCAACCUGUACGAGCUGAUCAAGAAGAACAAGUUUCAGGGGUUCUCCCUCCAACUGGUCCGUAAGUUCGCCCACUCCCUGCUCCAGUGCCUGGACGCGCUGCACCGAAGCCACAUCAUCCACUGCGACCUGAAGCCCGAGAACGUGCUGCUCAAGCAGCAGGGACGCUCGGGCAUCAAGGUCAUCGACUUCGGCUCGUCCUGCUUCGAGCACCAGCGUGUCUACACCUACAUCCAGUCGAGGUUCUACCGGGCCCCCGAAGUUAUCCUGGGCGCCAAGUACGGCAUGCCCAUCGACAUGUGGAGCCUGGGCUGCAUCUUGGCCGAGCUGCUCACGGGCUACCCGCUACUGCCGGGCGAAGACGAGGCCGACCAGCUCGCCUGCAUCAUGGAGCUGCUGGGCGCGCCGCCCCAGAAGCUCCUCGACCAGGCCAAGCGGGCCAAGAACUUCAUCAGCUCCAAGGGAUACCCCCGCUACUGCACCGUCACGACCCUACCCGACGGUGCCGUCGUCCUGGGAGCCGGGCGGUCGCGGCGCGGCAAGCUCCGGGGCCCGCCGGGCUCCAAGGACUGGUCGGCGGCGCUGAAGGGCUGCGACGACACCCUCUUCGUGGACUUUCUCAAGCGGUGUCUCGAGUGGGACCCGGCCACGCGGAUGACGCCCUCGGCGGCCCUGCGGCACGCCUGGCUGCGGCGACGGCUACCCAGGACGCCGCAGACGACGGCGUCGGAGUCCACGCAGCGGUCGUCGGUGUCGUCGUCCAGGUCUGUGGUGGCCUCCAAGGCGACGCGGCUAGGCGACGAACUGGCCAACACGCUGAAACUGCCGCAGAUCGGAAACGCCGUGUCGUGACCGUGCGGACCCGACGACGGACGGCAAAUUGGCGCCGAGUGGUGUGUUUGACCCUUUUUAUUACUAUUAUUUUUUCUUCAGCCGGCCUACCCACCGGCCGAACUGUGCGGCCGGCGGUGGUGGUGAUCUAGGUGUGAAUCCUUGCGCCCCUAGCCUAGCGCCCCCCGUCCCAAAACCGACAACCCUACGUCCGGACCGAACGCAACGGCGGAAUACGCAACAUUUGAUCGGCAAGUGGAAUUCGCUCCAACACUUCUUCUCCCCUCCCGACUUUUUCUCUCUUCUAUCUCCCAGUACUGUUCCUGCUUUUGAAUUAUGAUUUUAUUAUUCGAUCUAUGCUCCUUUUAAUUGCCGUUUCUUGACGAGCGGGAGUCCGAUCCGCGAUAAACGUAUUUUGGUGGAGCGGGUGACGACCGUUUGCGCGGAAUUGACCUUCCUCGUCUGCUAUCAUUUUUUCCGCCUUUCGUAUCGUCUGCUAAUUCGUUGUGGCGUCAUAAAUUAUUUUCCGGGGUUUUCUUUCUUAGCUGCAUGCGCAGGGUUUUUACCGUUUUUACACCGAUCAGAAUCUCGUCAUCCUUUUCUCAUGUGUGUUCGUUUUUUUUUUCUCUCUCUCUUUUUUUGUGCGACGCGAACGUUUCUUUGUCCUCGUAGCGUAAUUUUGGUUGCGUUUACGUAAUGAAUUUCGUAGGGUUCCCAGCGGGCGGCGAUUGUUUGACCUCGCUCUUGUUCCUGACCCCGUUUGACCUUUGGGCUGUCACUGCCUUUUUUUUUUUUCUUCCUUCCCAUUUUUCACGCGUCAACGAACAUCGGGUCUGCCCUUUGUGCUACUCACGAGCACGGAGUUUUAGAGAAUUAAGUCCGCAGAUCUGUGAUAUUUUGUGCAUGAAAAUGUGUGUCAAUCGAAGCCAUUUUCCUUUUCCUUUCUUACGUUAGGCUUAGGGGUGUUUUUGUUUCCGAUUUGGUUGUUUGCUGUAACAUAUGCCCCGCCACAUGCGGUUGUAGGGUGCGUUAGUUCGGGUGCGGUCGUGAUUUUUUUUUUUUUUUUUUGUAAAUACGAGGUAAUGGGGGGAUCGUUUGUUUUUUUACUAGAUAAUGAAUUUACGAGGAGGGAGAGACGGAACGAUUCGUACAACCGCGUUUGGGCGAAACGCGUUACGUGCCCGUUCGUCUUCAAAGUCAGUCGCCGCAGGAGCUGGCUUCUCGGUGAACAAAGUAGGACGCCAUUUUGUCCUCCCUCCUCCUGCCCGCAAACUUCUUCAUCGUCUGCUUCCGCGGCAUGGCGGAUUCGUUCUUCUUUAUCCUUCAACCUCACGUAAAUUGUAGUUAUUUAAGUGUUUGUUACGCAUCUCCCCCGCAUCCUUCCUAACAUUGAAUACUCAAAUCUCACAACAAAAAAAUACGAAAACGUUACUUUUUUUUUUUUUUGCCGAGUCUUUGGAGACCAAAGAAGCGAUUUUUUUCAAUCUCUCCCUUUCCGUGGUGUGUACUCGGCGAGAGGUGGUGAAGAUCUUUUUUCUGAAGAGUGAAGGAAUGAAAUACUGCCAAUAACCUGUGAUAAGCUAAUCUUUGUUGUGAAAUGCGAUGAGGGGAACGUAGCCUUGACGCCGAUUUCUCUUUCAGGGCCGCGUUGUUAAGUUGGCUAACCUUUUCACAAGCAGCGGACCAGUACUGCACAGCUUGCCCCCUUUCACUCCUAUUAGGGUUCCAAAUCGCUGCAUUGUGUAAAACAACAAAAAAUUACGAUCUAAGCUUUACCAAUUUUGGUGGGGACUAUAGUUCCAUUUCGUUGACGAAGCCUGGUGAUAUUCUGUGCCCACGUCAUUAAAUCUUUUUAGGUUUUCUUUUUUUAACUUGUAAGAGCGCACACUCACUGCACAGCUGUGCCACUGUGCAGUCCCUUGGUGACCUGAUGUGUGUUUCAGAAAGGCUCCUAGAGCGGAACAACUCACUCACUCUGAUCUGGAGUCUUUUGUAAUUGUCAGAGUGCAAGAAGCAUGUAGUGGCUGUUGUUACAAAGUGUUGUGUCCUCUCUCCCCCUCGAUGAUCUCUGAGCGACCCUCCAGCCUGCCACGAUUAGCGGGUCGGUUAUUUAUUCAGUUUGUCCCUUCGUGGUUCGACGCCAGGCACCACUGAACCUCAAGUUUUGAGCCGACACGUACCAACCGCCAAAGCAUCUAGUUCCCGCAGACUGCACGCCGUCUGCUUCCAACAAAGGCCUGCCGACUCCGAGGUGUGACCGACAUCCGGAUCAAAGUUGAGGCACGAGUCAAAGGCGUGCUUCUUCGAGUCGUCUGUUCACAGCCUCGGUUGCCAGUACAAUCCCUCUGGGCGCUCCUCCACCCGGUUCUUGGAGCCGAGCAGAAUGUGCCUAGGUUUCUCGACAGGAAAGGUUGAAGACCUCGACAGGGCAGAUGUGCAUCAGUCAGUUUCCGUCACUGGAGUGCUGCCCAACUUUAUUCCGUUCCCUCCUUCCGCACUCGAGGUACUGCUUCCUCGGUGCAGCAUUUGGAUCCCCUCGCCCUUCUCAUUUUAGCGGCCUCGUCUGUUUUUACCUGCCCUCCCCUUCGACUCUGGCGGUUGAUGCGACAGGGGGGCAGUGUCCCACUGUCCUAGUCUGCUGCUUCUGCCCCGUCCGGAAGCGUUGGCAACCGCCGGUGUAAGCAGCAGGGUUCGUCUGCCGGCUGGCUUCCUCGCCCGGAUGGCGCUUUCCACUCCAUUAAGAAAGGGACCUGUCAUCCUUUGUCGCAAGACCUGCGUCAAUUUGUUGCCGUCUCGUUGCAAGGUUUUCGUUGGCUGCAGUUGGCGACGGGCACUUUCUUGUCUUUGCGAAAUCCCAGGCUUGUUCCGGACGGACGUUGCAAGGAACAUUGCGGUUUGUCGACUGCCAGAUUACGACGCCCCAGAGGGAUUGGACGGGCCGUUGCGUAGCUUUAACGCAGUCUUCCACGGCAGUUCUGUAGCCGGUGGGUCGGCCGAAUGCACCGAACGAGUCUCGAUGAGGUCGCAUCUUGACGGGGAGCCCGAUUUAUCCGGUUCAUUUGCUAGACAUGCGGUUUAGCUUGGCAGCUUCUUUGUUUACGCGUGGAACUUUGUUUCCCUUGGCCCCCUUUCCGCUUGCGUUUCGGAGGGUUCGGACCAGACACCAGCACCUUGGUGCUAACUUUGUCGCAUCUCCGAGCACAGACCAAAACCGUUUUGCACUUGGGAACCGGAGCUUUCCAAAUACUCCUGCUAGAAACGGCUGCCACCGACUGCUGUUCCCAGCUGUGCUGCAACGUGGAGGAGCACGAAAUCUGGCCGUGUUGCCACUGCUUCACCGUUGUUGUACCUGCAUGGAUAGUUAACACGCGUGGUUUGCUCGUCUCGUGGGUACACUCCGCUCACGACAUCCCACGAAGGCAGUACGCGCCCCGUUGAUACUAGACUCUAGGUGGGCCUCCCUCUUCUCUUUCUACGCGACUUUCGAGGAGUUAGAGGCUUUGGCCGAUCCUGGCGUGGCGGUGAGGUAGGCUGUUGCGCUGGCAUUUCAGGGGGCAAGCGGGAAUCUAGGGGACGCUUACAUCUGUUGUUUGCCUCCCCCCCGCCGUUUGUUGUACAGACUUUUUUUUCUUUGCAAAGUGCAAGUGACUCUGUGUGAACUACGGAACACAGGGAGAAAAAGUUGUUGGAAACCAGUAGCGCCAGUGGAUGUGUGUGUUCAUGUGUGUUUGUGCGGUUGCUACGUGUGGUGACGCCAGCAUUGUACAUAAAUGGACUGGAAUUAAAGCGUGUGCGAUGGACUUUUACAAUUGCUA